ACCCGGAACCGAGUGCUUCCGACGUAAUCCGAAUUGCCACACGAAAUGAUUUUGUUCUUUCCACGAAAGUGAUGACGUAUUUGAAUCACAAGGUUGAAUACGAAGUCUAGUGUCAGUAGUUUUGUGUUUGACUAGCAGGUUGGUGUCGGAAAGUCAGUAACAAUGAGUUACCCCGGCUAUCCUGGAUAUCCACAGGCUGGUUCUGGAAUGCCACUUCCCCAACAGCCAACUCCCGGUUUUUUCCCUCCACCCCAACAUGCUACUGCCCAGCUUAGUUACCCAUUGAACCCAGGACAGUAUCCUUCUUAUCCAUCAUCAGACACGCAGUCAUAUCCUUUUAGUAGCAAUGCACCAUAUCCUUCUACGGGCCAGACACCAUAUCCAUCCACAGGCCAGGUGCCAUACCCAUCCAUGGGUCAGGCACCAUAUCCAUCCACGGGUCAGGCACCAUAUCCACCCACGGGUCAGGAACAAUACCCACAAGCAAGCCAGGUGCCAUAUCCAUCUGUGGGUGGUAGCAGUUCUUUGUACCAAUCACUUGGACAGUCCAAUCCUCUGUAUCCGACCUCGGGGCACGGUUUUCCUGCACCGGCACCUACUUCUUUUGCACCUGAGCCUCAGUCGUAUAAUCCCGUUACACCUGCUUAUGUUUCAUCCGUUGGUGCUGGGCCCCCAAGCAUGCGUCCGGGUGGCCAUAGCUUGAAUAGAUCUGGCACUAAUGUGACACAUACAGUUCAUUCAACAUACUCAAAGGGUACUCCUACAGUGACUCCUGUUGCGUCAUUCAGUCCCCGACAAGAUGCAGAGAUUCUUCGAAAGGCAAUGAAAGGUUUUGGGACCGAUGAGAAGGCAAUUAUUAGUAUCCUUGCAAAUAGGACAAAUAGCCAAAGACUUGAGAUAGCAGUGCAGUUUAAGACACUGUACGGGAAGGAUUUGAUAUCUGACCUCAAAAGUGAACUCACCGGUCGCUUUGAGGAUGUGAUACUUUCCAUGAUGACUCCACUGCCGCAGUUUUAUGCGAGAGAAUUGCACGAUGCAAUAAGCGGGAUUGGAACAAAUGAGACAACCCUUAUUGAGAUACUUUGUAGUACAAGCAAUCGUGAAAUCCACGCAAUUCGUGCUGCUUAUGAGAGGACGUAUCGCAGUUCCUUGGAGAAGGAUUUGUCAGGUGACACUUCGGGAAAUUUCAGAAGACUUUUGGUUUCGCUCUGCACUGGAAAUCGUGAUGAAAGUUCUACUGUAGAUCAAGCUGGGGCUGUGCAGGAUGCGCAGUCUCUGCUAAGAGCUGGUGAGUUACAGCUUGGAACAGAUGAAUCAACCUUCAAUGCCAUCUUGUGCUCUCGCAGUUAUCCGCAGCUUCAACAGAUCUUCAGUGAAUAUCAGCGUCUGACAGGGCAUGACUUUGAAAAGGCCGUAAAGAAUGAAUUCUCGGGAGACAUAGAAACAGGCUUGCUUGCGAUUGUGAAAUGCGUUCGCAAUAAGCCGGCCUUCUUUGCUGAGCGUCUUUAUGAAAGUAUGGCUGGCAUGGGGACUAAGGACCGGGCUCUUAUUCGCAUUAUGGUGACUCGCUGCGAAGUGGAUAUGGUUGACAUAAAGAAUGCUUUUCAGGCUAGAUAUGGCAAAACACUGGAGAGCUUUAUUUCAGAGGAUACAUCAGGAGACUAUAAGAAGUGCCUUCUUGCUUUGGCGACCCAGUGAGAUGGGUGGUGACCUCUCAAGUCUUUUACUGUACCUGGCUGUUAUUUCUUUUUCCUAGUUAAAUGUCUUUAUUAUAAGCCAGUUUAAAAUUUACUUAAGUACUAAGUAUUCUAUCAGAUGUUUUUCUGUUUAUAUAUAUAUAUGCAUAUACAUAUAUACGCACAUUACGUUUCUGUGUGUGGUGUUUGAAUAUUUUACUGUAAUUUUGCGCAGUAUUAUGGGUACUUAACAUUUCUGAAGAGUGUUAAUCUAUGGAGAGAAUGUUAUAAAAAUAUAAUGUUAAUUUUUUUACGAAUUCUAUCUUUGCUAUCUUUAUUAUUCAGAUGUACAAAAAUAUAGAUCUGUUUCGUAGGGAUAAAUACAGCUUGUGCAAGGCAUUUGUUUUCUAGGGUGAUUAGCCAAGAAGAUGUGAGGUAGUAUACUACCUGUUUUGAGAAAUUAUUAUAUUUUUAUUCUAGUUUUAAGAUGUCAUCUUUACAAUUCUUUCCUGAUUGAGUCACACGUUUAAAAGGUUAUAUUCCAUAUUAGCACAAAAUAUUGUUGUCUGUCCAUUUUAUAUAUACUGUAUUUUGACCCAAUGUUGAGAAACAAUUUUUUUAAAGCAGUGAGAACACCAUAAGAAAGCGUAAACACAAUUUAAAUUAUACCACCUGGAGGAAAUAGUACGGCCUAGUUGUUAACACCAUGCAAUAGACCCUCAUUAUGCUGUGGAUUUGGUGGCAGCUUCAACAUUUAAUUAUGUGUAAAAACAUUUAUCUAUCUUUUUCCAUACUUGCACCAAACGACUUGACCAUACAGUCAGUUAAAUAACUUGCGGCAGCAAAUAUGGAAGUUUCAGAAAAGUUAAAACAUACUUUAUAGUGAUUUACACAAAAUAAAAUUUGACUCUCAUUGAGGACAUGUCCGUAUCCACAGUAUAAAGAGGCGCAUAAAAAUAUCUGCUAUACCUUUUCUCUCAAAUAUCAGAAAUAAGAGGAAAUGUACUGAUUUUUCAUUCACCUGAAAUUAAUGCACUAUAAUCUUGAUUAUUUCACGUUUUGGGACAGUACUGAUUAACUUUGGUAUACAGUUAUAUCAUUUCAGGUCCAAAUUGUGUCUGGUAAUUUGCAGGAAGAAAUCCAAAGGUAAUUGAUUAUUACAAACGGUUGUACUGGUUAUGCAGUAAAUUACUGAGAAGUCAUUAUUUAUAUGAUUACGAUUGUACAGGAUAAAUACAGCAGAAAAGUUGUCUCCAAGAUGCAGUAGAUAGCAAAGAAAGUUAGUGGAUGCUUUAGAACUUGUUUACCACAUUUUCCACGGAAAGUGCUGCAUAAAUUUGCAUAUUACAAUCUGUUUCGUUAUGAAAUAUGGGCAUGCCUUACUAUCCAGAAACGUGCUAAUAUUUUAUGGAUAAGUUAUUUUUCUAAAUGGUAAACUGUGGAGACACUUAUGAAAAAACAAAACAACAAGUUCCAGGAUGUAAUUGUUUAAGAAUGUGUAACUUGAUAUUUUUUUAUUUAUAUUUCCUUGCUAGAAUAAUUAUUUUUUAGAAGUUUAAAACGAGUUUAAAUUUUUGUACAAGUACAAUUUAAAAAUGGUCAAAUGUAUUUUACAGCUGAACAGAGUUUAUUAAUCUUUAUGUGCUGUUUGGCACAGCUUUUGCGUGUCUCCAGUUGGCCAUGCAUUGCAGUUGCAUACCAAUAAGAUGUUAAACUCUGGAAUUAAAAUCCUUUGGGCAUCUCUAGUACUGAGCUUUAAAUCCCCUGUUUCCUUGUGCCAAAGGUAAAACUAUUGCUUAUUGUGUUUGAAGAAUUAAAACCUGUGUGUGCCUUUUCAUAAAUUUGACUUCCAUCAUAUUCAGUCGUCAGGUUAAGUAUCUGUGUAAGCUAAUGAGUUAAGUCCUAAGUGCAUGAGAUUGUAUUGUAUCUAUGUAGCUUAUUAAAGUUUCCAGUCAGAAUGCACA